AUUGACAUAAUAUUAAAUGCGUUUCUCGCAAGGAAAUUAGUCAACACCAACCCAGUAUGAUUUCGAAAGUCAACAACUUGUAGUCAGCAUAACAUAGAAUAGGCAGUUACCAUUUAACAUUUCUCAACAAACAUUGACAAAAUGAGUGAAAAGAAAAGCUUUUUUCAAAAGGUUUUUGGGUCGGGACAGAAGGGUGAAAAAGAACCAACGCCCCAAGAAGCUAUUCAGCGUUUGAGAGGAAUUGAAGAAAUGUUAGUUAAAAAAUCUGACUUCCUAGAGAAAAAAGUAGAAUCUGAAUUAGCAAUCGCGAAGAAGAAUGGCACGAAAAACAAAAGAGUUGCACUGCAAGCUCUGAAGCGAAAAAAGCGUUAUGAGAAGCAGCUACAGCAGAUAGACGGUACUCUGUCGACAAUAGAGUUCCAGAGAGAGUGCCUUGAGAAUGCCAGCACAAACACAGAGGUCCUCAAGGCAAUGGGAUCAGCUGCUAAAGCAUUGAAGAAGGCUCACAAUAACAUGGAUGUGGACAAAGUUCAUGACCUGAUGGACGAUGUUGCAGAACAGCAAGAGAUUGCCAAUGAAAUCAGUGACGCCAUAUCAAACCCUGUUGGAUUUGGUACAGACAUGGAUGAGGAUGACCUAAUGGCUGAACUGGAGGAGCUUGAGCAAGAAGAGCUUGAUGAGAAACUACUAGACGUUGGUCCAAUCUCUGACAACCUGCCCUCUGUACCCACUACAGAGCCUGUUGCAGGAAAGAGAGUUCCAGCUGCUGCAAAGGAAGAAGAUGAUGAAUUAAAAGAACUGGAAAUGUGGGCAAGCUAAUCAUCUUGUGAUAGAGACACUUAAUAGAUACUUUGUAUAUAGUCUUAUGGAACAGUGAUACCUUUACAGAAAUUCAGGUCAUUUGAAGUUGUAAAAUUCUUGUUAAGAUCUUCAAAAAUAUGUAAUUAAAAGAUGGGUUUAGUGAAUUUUAGCUAUUUUUACCAUGGUGCAUGGUAUUGUUAAUUUGACACAUUUAAAGAUAAUUCAUUUGUGUAUUAAAAACUUUGAUAGUGAAUCAAUAACUUCUUAUGUUAUUUUAGAAACAGAAAGCAAAAACUAAAUUGUUUGAUGCAAAACUUGUAUGACUUGUUUUUUUAAUAACGUUAAUUGAAUAAAGACUUAUGCUUACACACAUGUUUUUGUGUAAUUAUUUCUUGUAAUGCUCAUGUUAAUAACAAAUGUGUAGUGGAUUUUAUUCUACUUAUUUUUUCAUCAUUCAAUUUACAUUUCAGACUGUUUAUUAUCCCCCGCCAUAGGCGGAGGGAUAUUGUUUUGGCGUUGUCCGUCCGGAGCCAUAUCUUGGAAGUGCUUUGGCGGAAUUCAUUGAAACUUGGUAUGAGUGUAUAUAUGGAUAAAAGGAUGAUGCACGCCAAAUGGCAUAGUACACCAUCUGUUAAUAACAGAGUUAUGGCCCUUUGUAUCUUGAAAAAAUGCUUUUUUUGUGUGUCCGGAGCCAUAUCUUGGAAGUGCUUUGGCUGAUUUCAUUGAAACUUGGUAUGAGUAUAUAUAUGGAUAAGAGGAUGAUGCACGCCAAAUGGCAUUGUACACCAUCUGUUCAUAACGUAGUUAGGCUUUUUGUAUCUUGAAAAAAUGCUUUUUUGAGUGUCAAAUACAACACUUUUGUGUCCAGAAGCAUAUUGGCGGGGUAUAUCAAUUCAACGAAUUUGCUUGUUAUUUUCUGUACUGAACAUUAUAAGGGUGUUGUUUUCAAUUACUGUAUGUGCAUACAUCAGAAUGCUAAUUGUAGUAUGUUUUUGUUUUAUUUAUAUAUAAUUUAAUGUAAAAUAAAAUAACAGUGUAAAAUUUUGUUGUUUAUUUUAUAGCACAUGUUACUUGAAAACUUAUCUUUGAUUGAUACCUAGGGUUCAGGUCUGCAUGGUAAUUGUAUGGAUUUUAAAUACAUGUAUCAAUUUUUCUCAGUAGGUCCUUAAUAAUUGUACACAAAGUCAAAUGAAUAUGUAAUUUACAGGGGAUAUAAUAUGACUGUGGUGUACCGUGAUUUGUAUCACAGAAAGCUUGUGUCUUGUUCUGUGAAAACCAUGUUAAAAAUAUUUUUAUAAAGAGUCUUUCUAGAUUAGUCUGUGCAGUUGUGAUACAGGCUUAUCAGAGAUGACACUAAGCGCUUUCAUGCAGUGAUUUGUUUUAAGGUAGUUUCUUCUUGAUGAAAAUCUAGGAAAAAAGUGUCAUCAGUGAUUAGCUUGUGUGGACUACAUGUUAAAAUAAUGAUUAUAACAGUUAAUAAUUGUAAUCAAAGGCAUUUAGUUUAAACUUUCAUUCUGACUUGUUAUGUUCAAACUUUAAUGGCAUUACAUGUGUGCUUUAACAUAUAUAAUACUAUGUGAUUGGAAAAGUUUUUUUUACACAUAUAUUAUUGUAAAUUUGUGCUUGUGAUCAUUUUCUUGUAGCAUAUUUGUGAUUUGAUUGGUCAUAUUUACUCUAUCAAUUACAAAUAUUUCUUGGGGUGAGGGGUGGUAAAUGUUCAUAUUGAAAUUACAAAAUGUGCGUAAGUUUGAGGCUUUUUGUAGAAUUGUUUGCAUUUUAUCUUAAUGUGGCAUUUAUUUGUUGUUAUUGUAGCCAUUAAAAGACAGGAUAAUUCUCUUUAAUUGCCUUAAUUCACCUUAAAUCAAAGCAUCAUUCCCUCGAUCCUCCCCCUAAAUAUUGUGUGAUUGCAUUAUUUAUUAUUCCAUGGAAUGAUCAUUACAAUUAACAUGUUCUCUGAUUUUGUCAUUUGUUAAAUUAUCUGAAAUUGCACUUUGUUGAAGCUUUCUUCUGUGGCAUUUUUCCCCAAUUUUGGCGCCUUUUUUGUCAAUGAAAUAGUGUAGCAGGUGAAAGCUUAUGUAUUUACUAAUAGAGGAAAUGUCCAUGUGUCAUUUGAGGAUUUUGAACGGCAAGUUAAGUUUAACAAAGACCAUGUCUGAAAUUUCAAAGGAAGAAUGCAUAUGCGUUUGAAACAACAAUAAAUAUUGUACACCAGACAAA